AUGAGUGGGAACAGCUCCCCAGACUACAAGGCGCUUUUCCUCAAGGCAGAGGAGGAAAGGAAGCGGGCCGUGGAAAGGGAGAGACAGGCAGAGGAACGCGAAAGGCAAGAAGCCGAGCUGAGACGGCAGGCAGAGGAACGGGAGAGGCAGGCAGAGGAACGGGAAAGGCAGGCAGAGGAACGGGAGAGGCAACAGAUGGAACGCAACCGACCGACGACUUUUCCGGAGUUCAUCCGACAUUGCCACGAUCUCCUUUGGAGGCCACUCCGAGCGCAAACACCGUCUCGCUCCACGACAGGCAAAAUUCCGGCCCCUAUCGGAAAACACUGUCCCAUACAACUGCUUCCGUGGACUGACUGUGAGGCUAGACAGCGGGAAAUUUACGAAUCUGUUUGCCGUUACCUGCAGCCAGCAGGAGAAGAUGCACCGCAGUUAUUCACGUCACUUGUUGCGUUGGAAGACCAUGGUCGACGAUUCGCACGUCGACCGAUUAGCAGCGAACAAGAUCUCGAGACCUACGAGCGACUCGCCGUCGAAGACCAUGUGCACGACAUCGUCGCCGAGUUGUGCAAAAUACCAGAGGCUCGCGAGGAGUUCCGGUUAGGCAACGGAGUGUGGUUCGAUAAUCACGCCAAUGCUCUGGACGAAGACGAUGAAGUCGAUGCUAGCGAGCCAUCAACCACAAACCCUUCGAAGCCAGAUCAAUUUUGCAUCCAUCGAAUGGACGGUAACAGGAGUACCUUGCUCACCACGGUCGAAUAUAAACCCCCACACAAGCUCUCUGUUGCGAGCCUGCGGGAGGGACUCCGACCGAUGGAUUUCUGGCAAGAAGUCGUCAAAUCUGAUCGUGUGCCAACGGAAGAGCCGGAGAAAUCAAGAUAUAAUGCAGCGUGGCUGGUCGGAUCCGCCAUCGUCCAAGAAUUUCACGUAAUGAUUCAAGAGGGUCUGGAGUAUUCAUAUUUAACGAACGGCCUCAUGGAUGUGCAGCUCUGGGUGCCGUACGACAACCCACGUGCCCUUUAUUACCACCUGGGUGAUCCCGGUAUAUACGGGAUGGCGGGUGUCGGAGGGCCUGUAAUUCCCAGGACUCGAAUUGAGAGGUCGCUAUGCCUCUGUUUGAUGAGUUUUCGCGCUCCUCUUCGUGAUCAGGCGUGGCGGAAUGCUGCCAACGACGAGCUACCGAAAUGGCAUUCCAUCCUUGAUAGCGAUCGCUCCCAGAUCGUUGUGAUAGAUUUACUACCGGACGAUGCUAGCUCCGAUUUCGCUAGUCCUGAGCAGACGACCUCUGAAUACCUCACAUCAUCGUCUCCCGUCACCUCCGGGCCUCGAGUGACCACACGAGCGGCCGCUAGCUGUGCGCCACCAUCCGAUCCGUAUCAUCACGAGAGUUCUUCGGAUUCCGAGACCGACCCAACCGUAUCUGCAAGACGGAAGCGGGGGUUUAGCCAGGUCACAUCGUCCCCUCCAACCCAACGGUCUGCACGGCGAGCAGAUCGCCAAGGAAACCAAAGCGGGCAAUCUCGCUCCCAUGAUGCUCCAUUUUGCACACAAAGGUGCCUUCUCGGGCUACAGCAAGGCGGCGCGCUUGACCCUGCGUGCCCCAACACGGACCUACAUAUACUUGGCAGAAGGGAGGACCGCCAUCCGAUCAGCGCAGCCGACUUGGUGAAGAAGCUUAACGCGCAGCUCGAUCAAGAUCUAGAUCAUAACUGCACUCCCAUGGGCCCUUGUGGGUCUUGUGGGUCCUCUGGCGCACCGUUCAAGAUCACAUGUUCCACCUUCGGAUAUACUGUUGUCGGGAAAGGGACGACUUCGAAACGCUGGCCUAAGGUCUCACGCGAAGCUGAGGUCUACGGGGUCCUUCAGCGUGCCCAAGGAUCGGCCGUUCCCGUCUUUCUCGGGGCGAUCAGUUUGGCCCAAAUCUACUUCCUUCACGGCGCGGGGAGGAUCCGUCAUAUGCUUCUUAUCGGCUGGGGUGGCGAGAGCGUGGGCCAUACUACUUUGAACAAGACCAUCCAGCGCGCGAUAUCUCGGUCGGUGAAGGAGAUCCGUUGUCUCGGCAUUUUCCACAAUGACCUGCGUCCGGAAAACAUCUUAUGGAAUGCUGAGCUCCAGCGAGCCCUGAUCAUCGACUUCCAUCUGUGCACCUUGGACCGUCGACCGCUGCACAAACGACCUGGUGCUCUCAAACGAUUACGGUGUGGACCCAAGGAAUGUGAAUCUAAAAGAUUGCGUGUGGUGUGA